AUGAUAGAGCCACCGGCAUGGAACUUCAAGAAGGACGAGAGCAUCUACAAGGCUGCAGGUGCCAUGCACCUGCGCAAGUAUGGCGAGUUUUUCGAGAACCUCGUGGAGAAGUCCUGGAAGAGGGACUCCACGCUGGAGUACAUCAUGGAGGGACCUCUGCGCUUAGUGUACAAAGCAACAGAGGACAUCAGUAUUCUCUCGCUGGUAGAAAUGGAGAACAAAGUGCUGUCCAAGCUGCUGGCAGCUGUGGCAGGGACGUGCAGGGAGAUCAGGCUGCUGAAGGUGGAAGCUGCCAGCUUCUACGCGAAGCUUUUCGUACACGGAGAGAGGUGCGUGGACGACGAUCUCACCAGUGUGCCUAAACUGUUAUCCGACCUGCAGGAUUUGUCGAUUUUUGCCAACCGGAUGUCAACCGUGGUGCAUCUAGCUACGCAGCAGCUGGCGAGUUUGUCUGGCGCUGUCCAUGAGAUCUACUUGCCCGCGUUGAUCGAGGGUUUUAUAGACCUGUUCGUGAUCCUGAUGACCCUCGACGAGAUCGUCGACGCUCAACCGACGAUAACGGAGCAGUGGAAGAAAUACAGAAUGCACGUGCGCUCGAUGAUGCACAAUCCGUCGCAGUUUGGCGUCGCCGAGGCGAAGUUGGAAACGUUUGACCACCUGCUCAAGGACCUACAGGAGAAGCUACUGCGGCGAAACAUGUUUCUGAAGGCGAUCGAGCACAUCAUGGACGUGAAUAAGGGCGUUGUCAUGAGCGAGCAGAUCGUCAACUACCUGAAGAACACAAUGACGGACGUGGAGAGCAAGUCCAACGACCACGCUGCGCUGAAUAAGAACUGGAUUAGAGUGAACGUAGGCGUUGCGGUGAUGAUCAAGUUGUUCGGCGCUUGCGACAAGAAACUGAUCAAGAGAGUGUUGGAAACGAACAAGAGGUUCUACGCGGUCACGCUGGUGGGCAAUGUGAUGUGGGUACCUAGCAGGUUUCUGAGCAACGUCGUGCCGAAGGAAACUGGCAACGUCGUGAGCCCACAAGUGGGCGAGAAAAUCCUACAGGCGAGAACGCAGAGAUUGUCGGUCACGGUGAACAGCUUGAUACACCGAUCGAUGACUUGGUGCGUGGAGAUGCAGAGCAUUCUCACGAGGACUAAUCUUCAGGUGUCCGAUAUCGGGCAGAAGCGCACGUUGCUGACAGAUUUGGUGACUCUACUCGCACAAAUGAGAGAAAUCAUUGCGUUCGUGACAAAUCUCCACGCUUUGCUGUCGAAGCCGAUGAGUCGCAACCUCGUACAACUUAUCUGCCGACUGGUAGAGCUGCAAAAGUCCCUGCAGACUACGUUCUAUGCACUUGGACCAAUUGUGGUGCAGUCGCAGGCGCAAGUGUUGCAAUAUCUGGCCUACUACAUUCUGGCUAUGCUAGAGACAGCGCGCAAGGGCCUUGUGCAAAAGGAUAAGAGCUAUAGUAGGGAACGGCUGGAUGCGUUAUCUCUGAUAGGGCUAAGUAUGCGACUGAUGGGCGGUCCGGCGAGUACAGACAGAAGACUGAUAGUGCGUUGUGCGUUGGCCUGCGCUAGUCAGUUGACUGAUACCUUCCGUGAAGAGGACGUGGUGAAGCUACGUUUCCUGCUGGAUAGUUACGACACCGUGGCUGAAUUGUACGAGCUUGUCAGCGAACUCGGCGACUACUCAUUGCUGCUACACCAUCAGAAUAUGCUGCCUGCCUAUCUUUCCUCGGUGGUCGAUGGUAACAGCAACAUCUGUCACCUCGCCCAUCUGUUCGUCGCUUUCAAUAGUGCUGUGGGUGAGCAGGAGUCCGAGCUGAAAGAAAAACGCAUCGCGGAGCUCAGGGAAAGCUUAGUGAAGAGCGUACUGAAACCAGCUUGCCAUGAAAUCGAGACGAGCCUGCGGCUGCACGUGCAUGCUCAUCUGAAAUUGGACUCCACGAAUCCCUUCAACGUGGGCGCCAAGGAUGGCGGCAAGGUGGUGCGAGUCCCGCCGCUCCCAUUAGCAGAAAACAUGGUCUGCGUCAAGAGGUUUGCCGAGCACUACCUGGACGACAUGUUCUACAACCUGACGACGGUGGCUUUGCACGAUUGGAGAACUUACCGCACGAUGCACGCAUUAGCCAGCUACAAAAUGGACCUGGAUACGGUACAGGACCAUCUGCCGACGCAGACUUUGGAACAGGGCCUAGAUGCUUUAGAAAUCAUGCGUAACAUCCAUGUAUUCGUUUCUAGAUACUUGUACAAUCUGAACACCCAGACGUUCGUGGAGCACAACAGCGGCAACAAGCAUCUCAAUACCAUUGGCAUUCGUCACAUCGCCAAUUCGAUUCGCACUCAUGGUACCGGCAUCAUGAGCACCACGGUGAAUUUUGUUUAUCAGUUUCUGCGCGUCAAGCUGCACACCUUCUCGCAGUUCCUCUUCGACGAGCACAUCAAGUCGCGAUUAAUGCGCGACAUCAGAUUCGUGCGAGCGCAGCGGGAAGCAGGCACCACCCCGUACACGUACGAACGGGCGGAGAAAUUCCAGAAGGGUAUCCGCAAGCUGGGUAUGACUGCUGACGGACUGAGCUACCUGGACCAGUUUCGCCAGCUGAUCACGCAGAUCGGCAACGCGCUCGGCUACGUGCGACUGAUCCGUUCCGGCGGUCUUCAUGCCAGCUCCAACGCGGUGUCCUUCCUGCCGGAUAUCGAGAAAACGGUGCCGUUCGAGUCGCUCUGCCGCGGACUGAAUUACAGCGUUACAACGCAGGCCGCGGCCAGGCGACUGGAGGACGACAUUGCCGACCUGGUGCGCAAUUUCACCGAGGGCAUUCAUUAUUUUAAGUUGCUGGUGGACGUGUUCGCGUCGGCAUUCCGCGAUGCCAAGUCCUAUCACCUGCAACAGUUCUAUGCCAUCGUGCCGCCGCUCACGCUCAGCUUUGUCGACAAUUCCGUGUCCAACAAGGAGAAAAUGUUCAAAAAAAACCAGACUGGUGCGGCCUUCACGGACGACGGCUUCGCCAUGGGUAUCGCCUAUAUCAACGCGCUGCUCGACCAGAGCGUCGAGCUGGACGGCCUGCAUUGGUUCAAAACGGUGGAGCAGCAUAUCGCCCAGGAGAAGCUCGCCGCCGAGAGCAAGGACGAUCACGGCGAUGAGAAACUCCAACAGACGAGAGCGCUCACGCUUAAACGCCUCGCUGAGAGAAAUGCUGAGUUUCAGUUGUUGUAUUACAGUCUUUCUGGCGCCAGAGUAUUCUUUAAGCAGCCUGAUACGUAACAUAUUGUUUUGAUAUUUAAGUACUUUACUACUAUGUGCUCAAGUUUAUCUUGAUCUACGAAUCUUGAUCGCUGGAAGAGAGAUGGUUGUCAUAAAUGUGGGUAAAUAUGCAUUUAGAGAGAGAGAGAGAGAGAGAGAGAGGAUUGUUUGUUCUUAAGAAAGUUUGGACAGAAUUUGAAAUUAACGCGAUCCAAUCCGAUACCUUUCGUUCAUUUAUUUUCAUACAUAUGUAUCUGCCAUAGCACUUGUAAAUGACUUAGAGGCUUUCUAUGAUCACUUUUAUAAAUAUUUUCUACACUGAGAAUAUCGUUACAAUCGUCAGACCGUUCAAUAAAUAAUUGGCUAGACUGCGUGACUAGGAUUUAUUACAUCGAAAGGAGGUGCAAUCAUUACUCUGCAGUUGCAAGUAAAACCGACGGAGCGAGUGGAUGAAGAUAACAUUUUUGCAGCGCAUCAAAUUUCAGCUGUUCGUCGCGAUGUAAUUAGAAUAAUAAAUCAUAGCAACACUAAUUGAUAAUAAAUAUUGCUUUAUGAGUAAUAAAUUAUAGGAAUUAUGUUAAUUUUCGUAAAACUUGACGUAAACCUUCACCCACUUCGCGUUUUGCGAAUCGAUUAUUUCAAAGAAAUCUUCAAGAGCUGAAUUUUCCGAAAGAAUCGAUUCAAUCCGGAUCGUGAAAAGGACAUCAUGUUUUUUAAAUUUUCAAUCAACUUUUUUCUAAUAAUGUUAACAUAUGGCAUACAAUACAUACAGACAUAUGUGUAUGUCUGUAUAUAUAUCCGCAUACAUACAUAUAUAUAUAUACACACACAUACGUACAACGUGAUCAACUACCCUCGUAGCUGCAUAUGCUGAAAGAAAAUAAACAUAUCGUCUUUGGCGCAC